UGAGCUUUACGUUUGAUCAGAGAAGCGCAUACGUGAGUAGCACGAGCCUGUGCUGAAUUUUAAAGUUAACUUCGUUUUAACUCAGGCGAACAUGAAGCCGCGUCCUCGCGUUACUCGGACAAAAUGGUCUGACAGACUGCACGCUGAGCCAGAACGCUCCGGUAAAUGCAGGUGGCAUCGAGACGAAAAGAAGAAACUUGUUGUUGCCCUUAAAAGACUGAAUAGCAGGACCGCCGGAGGAAAAGCAGACAUUGACUGUGCCUUCCUGAGAAAAUACCUGCCCACUCGGUCCCUUUCAGAGAUCCAGUCUGUGGUUGAACUUCUGAAGAACAAAGUGCUCUUAAAUGCCAGGAUGAAGCUGAAAAAGCAAAGGAGGGAGGAGAGGAAUGUUAGAAAACCCAUUGAAGAGUGGACAUACAUGGCUUCUUCUUUAGUGGGAACCCUUGAGGAAACUAUUUCCACUGCUUUCUCUCAGAUGCUGAUAGUGUCAUCUACAGAGCCUUGCACUUUGAGAAAUGGUGACCCUCCCCAGGUGCACAGACCACCCACAGAUGGUCGUACCAUCCCUUUGAGGCCAAUGCCGGUGCCAGUGCAAGGUACGCGUUGGUACACAAAGGCAGUCCAGUCACCCAAGACUCCAGCACCAACCGCAAGGCCAUCCAAAACACCGCCAGCACCAUCUCAAGUAUGUAGCAUGCCAAACAGCACAAUCUGUCUACCACAGCAACAGGCUCCGCCCACAGUUGAAACUUUUGACAAGCCACGUGUAUAUCUACAGACUGCAUCUCUGACAGCGACGCCAGAGAAAGGACCGCUUCAACCCACUUCUAGGUCUUCAACAUCUCCAAGUCUUGGCAGGUCAUUAAACAAGACCACCCAACAGCCCACCGAGCCACAGCCCACCACCAUCACCUCCACCUCUGAGUCUUUGUCUUCCAGCCUUAAUGUGCCCGUCUCUUGCUCUGCCACUACCCUUACUUCAGUCCCCCGGUCUGUAUUAUCCACUGUUGCCUCUUCAGCCGUUUCCAGCUGCUCCACACCCACUACUCUCCCACAGUCCGUCUCCGCCACAGCGUUUCAUGCCAAGUUUGGUCGGACCAGCAAAUAUGCCACAAAAGACAGUCCCAGGACGUUUGGUGUCAAGUGUGUAGUGGACUUUGAGAGGAUCUAUGGCUUCUUAAGUACAGUUCAUAAACCGAAUCAGGAUUGUCAACUCACUCCCAUGGAGAGUGCCAUAGUGUUGGACCUUUUAAUGUCUCUCCCAGAGGAGCGUCCCCUGCUAGACUGCAACAAACUGCACAAACAUAUGAUCCAGAUGUACCAGUGUCUGUCUGCCCCCGCUGACUCUAACAUGACAAGAAGAAGGCUUCAAGAACUUGACAAUGAACUUUUUACUCAAGACCAUCAGAAUCCUACAGGAACUACCGACAGCACUAACGUCACAGACGGUGAAGGGAAGAAGUCACUGACACACAAAGCCGACAGCCAAUCAACACAGAGCUCUACCACAUUUAGCAAAUUAGAUUAUUCAAAUGUGACGCCCCCUCAGCUGAACCCUUUUAUUGUGCCGCUGACACUGUUAAAGCGUAGACAGGAAUCCAUAAUUAUUUAGACAUUAUUGUUGUUGUAGUGAUUUUAAACCCAUUUCUGAGCUUUCAGCUCAUCACAGAAUGUAAGUGUCAAAAGCUCCUGCUACUUAAUUUUCUUUAUUUGUUUUUUGAAUUACAUGGGUCCUUAUUUCAAACUGUCGAACUGUAUCAUUCAGGCAAAGCUGUUCUUUCAGCUCAUUAUGUUAAUACAGUUAAACCAAUGCAUUUGGGACAUUGAGCUUUUUGUUUGUUUGUUUGUUUGUUUCCUGCAGAUAACUGUUUGACUUUUUAGACUUUUCAGAUCUUUCAUCUAUGAGAAUGGCUGAAUGUAAUAAAACUAUAUUAAGUAUUCCCUCGCCUACCCAAAUCCUGUUCCGAUCACUUCCACGGCCACAGCUGUAUAAAAUCGAGCACCAGCCCUGCAGACUGGUUCUAAGUACAUUUGUGAAAGAAUGGGUCGCUGUCAUGAGCUCAAUACAUUCCAGCGUGGUACCGUUACAGGAUGCCCCGCCUGUGCAAUGCUGAAUAUUCCAGUCUGCCAGUAGUAUAACAAAGUGAAAACCACUGGGAAUGAAAGCCUUCAAACUAGCUUGAGAGCAGCACGUAGACCGCUUCAUUGAACAGGUUUCUGUGGCUGAUCAGCUGCAUCCGAGCCUUACAUGAAAGGUUUUGGAUGCAGUGGUGUAAAGCACUGGACUCCAGAGGACACGUGUUCUCUGGAGUGAUGAAUCACACUUCUAUGUCUGGCAGUUUGGGUAGAGGAGUCUGGAUUUGGGGGUUGGAGAACAGCAGACCUGACUGAAUUAUGCCUGUCUAUUCAGCAGCUGCUGGGACCUGGAGGAGGAAGAGCAAUAGAUAUGCAGCUCAUUCAUUGGUAACUGUUACCAAUGAAUGAGCUGCCAACAGUUCUGUUCAGCACUGUCCACAGAAAGCAUUGUAAAUAAAAUAUCAGCAUAUUUUGAUAAAUACAAAAAAGUACAGGAAGUUGGAAACAUGUAAUUUUAUUGAGUAGACCUGGGUUUGAAUGGUAGUGUCACAAAUGUGAAAAAUACAUGAUGUAAAAAAAAUGACAAAUGAAAUUAAUACAAUGGAUAUUCUGUCCUCACAAUUGC